AGAUUUAGACAAAUGUGAAAUAAUUUUGAUGUACAUUGUAAACAUUGUUAAUUUUAUAUUUAAUUAAUUUUUUUGUUAUUAUACUGGUCAAAAUGCUGCGUGAUAAUUUAUUCUGUGCUCUCCUUCUCAUUGCCGUGUUCCUAUGUGAUUCAAUUAUUGGUGAAGGUGAAUACUUUAAAAGAGAACAUUCCUUAAUGAAACCAUAUCAAGGCACUGGCAUGGUUAUACCUAAUUGGGAAUUCUUUGGAUCCACAAUGGUGACUCAAGCAUUUGUCAGAUUAACGGCAGACCAGCAAAGUAGGAUUGGGGGGCUAUAUAAUAAGAAUCCAAUAACAUUCAGAAAUUGGGCUAUUCAACUGCAUUUCAAAGUCAGUGGAAAAGGUAAAGAGUUGUUCGGUGAUGGUUUCGCGUUUUGGUACGUCAAAGAUCCACUCGAAUUAGGGCCUGUUUUUGGAUCUAAAGACUAUUUUGUCGGCCUUGGUUUAUUUUUUGAUACCUAUGCUAAUCAAAAUGGAGCACAUAGUCAUGGACACCCGUAUAUUUCUGCCAUGAUCAAUAAUGGUACUCAACAUUAUGAUCAUGAUCGUGAUGGUACCCACACAGAAUUAGCAGGAUGUGAAGGAAAAUUCCGAAACGUUGAUCAUGAAACAAUUGUAGAAAUAAGAUAUGAGAAUGACGUACUCUCAGUUGGUACCGAUUUCGAAUCUCGAGGAGCUUUCAAGGAAUGUUUUAGUGUGAAAGGUGUCAUUCUUCCGUCAAAUUAUUAUAUCGGUGUAAGUGCAGCUACAGGAGAGCUUAGUGAUAAUCACGAUGUCAUAGCAAUCAAAACCUUUCAACUUACUUCUUCAUCACCUUCAGAAAAUGACGAUAGAAGCCAUAUGCUUCCUUCGGCAAGCCAGUUCGCUGCACCCCGUCCGCGUAUUGAUGAUAAGCCUCAGAGCAUGUCAAAUCUUAAAUUUUUCUUAUUAAUAAUUUGUGUCAUUAUUGGUAUUAUUAUCAUAGCUGCUGUUUCAAUUUUAGUCUUCCAAAGACAUCAAGAAACUUCUAGGAAAAGAUUCUAUUGAAAUUUAGAUUUAUAGCUAAUUAUUCCUCUUCACUUUAUCCUUUAUUGACAUUUUUUCUUUUGGUCUCGCUGAUUAUUUUCUGUUUGACAGCCAAAAUGUAAUUUUUUUUGCACCAAUCAUGUAAUUCUAUAUUAUUUUUCUCUUAAUCUUUGAUUGUGAUACGAAGAAUAAAGUAAUAAAAUUUUUAUAUCUAGUA